CGGGCCACUCCCGCUCAGCGCAGUCCGGCCCAGCGGAGCGGAGCAAUGGUGGAAGCGUGGUACAUGGACGAGUCCCAGGAGGACCAGCGGGCGCCUCACCGCCUGCGGCCCAACCACGCCGUUAGCUUGGAGCAGCUGCGGCGCCUCGGCGUCCGCUACCGCAAAUUGGAUGCUGAUAAUUAUGAGGCUGAUCCAUGUCUGAAAGAGAUUCGGAGAGCAGAAAAUUAUUCUUGGAUGGAUAUAAUAACCAUACAUAAAGACAAGCUUCCAAACUAUGAGGAAAAGAUAAAAACGUUUUAUGAAGAACAUUUACACCUAGAUGAUGAAAUUCGCUACAUCUUAGAUGGAUCUGGCUAUUUUGAUAUUCGAGAUGAGGAUGACAAAUGGAUCCGGAUUUUCAUGGAGAAAGGAGACAUGAUAACCCUUCCUGCCGGCAUAUAUCACCGAUUUACACUGGAUGAGAAUAAUUACGUGAAGGCAAUGAGGCUGUUCGUUGGAGAACCCGUCUGGACACCCUACAACAGGCCAGCUGAUGAUUUUCCUGCUCGGAAACAGUAUAUGGAGUUUUUGGCUGAACAAGCACAGUAAUGGUGUCUGAGACUUGACAGGUGGAAUAGCCUGAAGGCUUGUCAGAAUAGGUAUCACUGGUGGCUUUUUUUUUUUUUUACUGAUUAGACUUUUUGUAUUUACCUAUAUACUUACAGUCACAGAAUCAUAAAAAAGUUUAGGUUGAAAGGCCAUUUGGAGGUCACCUAGUC